AGAAAGUAAACAAAUUUUAGCUCGUUAAUAUGAAAUACCUAGAUUGAUUUUUAAUAUUCCUUCAACGUUUACUUAUUAAAAUAAUCCGUCCUUUAAAUUGAAAAAAAAGAAAAAUGAACCACGAUAAUCAUCACGAUAAAGAGACCAUAAAGAAAUUUAAUUUUGUGUCAAAAGAUCGCAAGGAAUCUUACGAGAUUUUGAUCGCUGAACUUAUGGUUGGUGCUUACAGCUUCUAUACAUGGCCAGCAGCAAAGAUUCUUGCACAAUUUAUUUUCUACAUGAGACAAUGCUUAGUGGGGAAAAAUAUUCUCGAAAUUGGCGCCGGCACAAGUUUACCUGGAAUUCUAGCUGCAAAAAUAGGAUCAAAUGUAACACUCAGUGACUCGGCAUUGUUACCAAAAUCAUUAGCUCAUAUCGACAGAAUUUGUAACUUGAAUAAACUAAAGCCGGGUAAAGAUGUGCAAGUUGUUGGACUCACUUGGGGAAUGUUGGGAAAUGAUUUUUAUGAUCUUGGAAAUGAUCUCGACCUCAUCAUUGGAUCAGAUUGUUUAUAUGACAUUGGAAUAUUCGAAGAAGUUAUAUCAAGUGUCGCAUUCUUACUCGAACACAAUCUAAAAGCAACUUUCAUCUGUUCAUAUCAAUCGAGAAGCUCUGACUGGUCGAUUGAGAAUCUUUUGAAGAAAUGGAAUUUAGCAUGUCGUAAUAUUGAUCUGGAAUCAAUCGGAAAAGAAACUGGUGUUGAUAUGAAAGAUUUAAUGGGUGGUCAUGUUAUUUAUCUUUUAGAAUUUUACAGAAAACAUUGACAAGCAUUAA